CAGAAGCCAAUUACGUAUCUCGACAUAUUCAAAAUCAAAAUUUUGAAUAAUUAUACAAAAUAUCAAAAUUUUCUAUAAUUAAACUCUAAAAUAUCAAAAUUUAUAUUAUUCAUCUGCAAUUCAAUCAAAUACGAAAUAAAAUAAUCCUCCAUUUUAUACUGCGACUAUUAUACAUACCUCACACCAAACAACUCCUUAUGCUCAAAGAUGCUGAAAUUGAAGCCAUUCAUAUAUUCCCCAUCAAUUAUCCCACACCGCCGACUCGCCGGAGCUCCGAUCGUGGUUGACUUUUCCGAUUACAUUCCGGCGAAAUCAGUUAAACAAUCUCGCCGUCCUUUAAUUCACCGUUCGUUUUCCGUACAAAUGGAAUCUAACGCCGUUAACACGCCGUCAACGUUGCCGUCGCCGGCAAUUGUGAAGCUGAAAGUGAUAGAAGCAACGCCAGAAACUUUUAAAGAGUUUGGUCAGGUAAUUGAAGCGACCCCGGAUGGAGAACCAUAUGGUCCUAAUGAUGCUCAGCUUGAUUUGAGCAAUGGAAUUCCUAGGUUUUACAUUAUGCAGCUUAAAGGUCGAUCCCUCAAAUUUUCUAGUAUAACUCAUCAUGCUAAUGUGACUCAAUGUCUUGGUUCUAUCGGAGGCGAUGUCUGGUAUCUCGGAGUUGCGAAACCAUCUAUUGUGGGGUCUGGCCCUUCCUCGGAUCCCGUGCAUUGCCCUGAUAUUGUGCAGGCAAAGUGUGGGCAUUUUUAUGUCCCUCCUGGUGUUGAUGAAGUGCAGGGUUUUAGAAUUUCAGGUCCAAAGUUUAUAAAGCUGAAUGUUGGUACAUGGCAUGCUGGGCCAUUAUUUACAGUUGAGAAGAUGGAUUUCUACAAUUUAGAGCUGAGUAAUACUAAUGAGGUUGAUCAUACAACUCAUUACUUCAACAAGAAGAAUGGUGUGACUUUCCUAAUGGAAGAUUAGGAGGAUUCAUCGAGCCGAGGGUCGAUAGGAAAUUGUCCCUUCUCAGACCUCACUUUGCGGUAUUACACUGGGAUGUUGUUGUAUUACCGUUUUUGUUUAUACUGAAAUCUUUUUUAAAUUUUGUAUGAAUUUCUUUCUCUAAUGUUUCGAUUUUUAUCA